AUGGUGAUCAUGCCCAGUAAUAAACGUGAAAAGAUCCCCGAGGGCACCUUAUGUGUCGUCUGUCAGGAUUUAGCCAGCGGGAUCCACUACUCAGUGGCAAGUUGCAAUGGUUGCAAAACAUUCUUCCGAAGAGCCCUCGUCAACAAGCAAACUUUCCAAUGUCAAUUCAAAGGAGAAUGUGAAGUGGGAAAAGCUGUUCGAUGUGUUUGUCGGAGCUGUCGUUUGAAGAAAUGCUUUGAUAUGGGAAUGGAUCCAAAAGCCAUUCAAAAUGAUCGAGACAAGAUUCGGUACACAAAACAGCUACGGAAACAACGAGAAGCUGAGUUAGAACGACGACGAGAGGAAACAAAAUUGAGAGAGGGAGUCAAAGCCGAACCUGGGAGUCCUGGAAGCAAUGGCUCUGACAACUAUCACAACACCUCCACUCCAUCCUCGUCAGCUCAAGCGAAUCUCGAGAACGAACUCCGCGAAUUUGAACAAGAAUCUACGGCGGAACUACGUGAUAUCAUUGAGGAUUUGGUGAGAAAAGAAGCUCGUCUAAUAGCGGUGAGAAAAGCGGCAAGAUUUGAGCCCAAUUCGUCCGCCACUUCCUCCAUACAUAAUAGGUGUUUACUUGAGGACGAUCAAUGGGUGACGGUGAACUCGAUUCCGAUGAUGACUCCUUUCGCCAAGCCAUGCAGUCUUGACUCAUUGAGAGCUUGGUUCGUGAGAGAUCUCUCUCUGAUGAUCGAAUGGGGGAAAACGAUCAAAUUGGUUCGAGAAAAGCUGUUAAUCAGUGAUAAAUUAGCCUUGAUGAAAGCAGCAGCUCCGAUUUGGCCUCUUUUACAUCUUGCCUACUAUUCAGCUGAUGAUGACUCGUUUCCCUGCGUUAAGCAAGAGCCUGGAGUUGAAAUCGGUGAAAAGUUGAACUACCCAGAUGGUUGUUAUAUUGAUAACACUUCAACGGAGAUGCUAAAUGCCUGUGACAUGUUCCAUCUCUUGAAAAACGGUGUCUACAAGGUGUUGCGGGAUUUGAAAGUCGAGAAAGAGCUCUUCGUGUUGUAUAAACUCUUGCUGUUGCAUAAUCCAGAUGCUGAAGGCCUAUCGAAGCCUGGGAAACAAAUCAUUGAGGAAGAGCGAUGCCGAAUUCUUUCCCACGUCUAUCUAUACAUUCACCAAGAGAAAGGCCGUCUCUCCGCCGGUCUUUACAGUAAUCUUCUCAUGAUGACGGCUACUCUAUCGAAAUGCGCCUCUUUCAUCAGACGAGUAUUUGACGUGACGCACAUCUUCGGGCACACCAAUGAUCUCAUCGAUCAGUUGAUCAUCGUCGGAUUG